CUCAGACCUCCAUUGCUCAUCUCACAGAGCCAUACACAAUUCCACAAGCUCUCAUUCCACCGACACCACCGCGGCGAACAUACUUAAGCAAUUAAAUAACGAAAACCGUCACCCCGCGCACCAACAAACACCAAGAAGCAUACCAAACCCCACCAUACAAAACCGCAACCAAAAAACACCCCCACCAAGAAACCAAAUUCUUUCCAACACACCUACAAAGAAGAACCUAAAAUCAAGAAAUCCUCACAAAGCGCCAAAAUGUCCCAACAACUGCCCCAAGAAAACCAGUCGAACUCCCCCUCCGCCUACCUCGACCUCGGUAUUACGCUCGCAAUCCACAACUGGCCCGCCCUCACGCUAGCCGUGCAAUCCAACUGGGGCGGCCCAACAUCAUCCGACAAGCGCGAUUGGCUUUGCGGUGCGAUCUCCGAUAUGCUGAAUGAUCGGCCGGAGACGGAUGCAGAGGAUCUCGAGGACGUGUUGAUCCAGGUUAUGAAUGAUGAGUUUGAUGUGGUGAUUGACGAUGAGAGUGCGGUGCCUGUUGCGGAGGAGAUUAUGGAGGCGAGAGGGUUGGUGGCGAAGGGCGAUUUCGGUCCUAUUAAGCAGGCGUGGGAGGCCUACCAGACGAAGAGUCAGCAGAAGGCUAGUAAUAUUGCGGCGGCUUUCAAGAGGGGUGAGGAUGAGGACCAGGAUUCUGAGGAGGAUGAUGAGGAGGAUGAGGAGGAUGUUGAUAUGGGGGAGGCUCCUGCUUUGGUUAGGGCUCCAAAGGAGAAAGUUGAACCUGAGGUGGAUGAGGAUGGGUUUACUAAGGUUGUUGGAAAGAAGAAGCGGUGAAUUUUCCUUUGAUUCUCAUUUCUUCAUUAUGUGUUUUGGUUGCUAUGAGCUGUUUAGAUAUAGAUACUCUCUGCAUGUAUGGGUAUUGC